UUCUGAAUAGUGAGAAUCCAAAACUUCAAAGAAAUACAUUAGGUAUUACCGUAUUAGCAUUGGUAGAGAGAAGAAAGAGAAGAGAAGAAGCAGAGAGUGAUGGGAGAUAAGAAAUUGAUUUCUUCUUCUUCUUCUUCCUCGGUUUACGAUACUACUCGUAUCAAUCAUCAUCAUCAUCCUCCGUCUUCUUCCGACGAAAUCUCUCAGUUUCUCCGGCAUAUUUUCGACCGUUCUUCUCCUUUACCUUCUUACUAUUCUCCGGCUACGACGAAUACGACGACGUCUAUGGUUGGUGUGCAAGGUCACGGUGACCCACAUGCAGAUAACUCGAGAAGUCUUGUUUCUCAUCAUCCACCGUCGGAUUCUGUGCUCAUGUCGAAACGUGUCGGAGAUUUCUCUGAGGUUUUAAUCGGCGGAGGAUCAGGCUCCUCCGCCGCCGCGUGUUUUGGUUUCUCCGGUGGUGGUAAUAAUAAUAACGCUCAAGGAAAUAGCUCUGGGACUCGAGUAUCGUCUUCUUCUGUUGGAGCUAGUGGGAACGAGACCGAUGAGUAUGACUGCGAAAGCGAGGAAGGAGGAGAAGCUGUAGUUGAUGAAGCUCCCUCUUCCAAGUCAGGUCCUUCUUCUCGUAGUUCAUCUAAAAGAUGCAGAGCUGCUGAAGUUCAUAAUCUCUCUGAGAAGAGGAGGAGAAGUAGAAUCAAUGAAAAAAUGAAAGCUUUACAAAGUCUCAUCCCUAAUUCAAAUAAGACGGAUAAAGCUUCAAUGCUUGAUGAAGCCAUAGAAUAUCUGAAACAGCUUCAGCUCCAAGUUCAGAUGUUGACAAUGAGAAAUGGAAUAAACUUACAUCCUUUGUGCUUACCUGGAACUACAUUACAUCCAUUGCAACUCUCUCAGAUUCGACCCCCAGAAGCAACCAAUGAUCCUUUGCUCAAUCAUACCAAUCAGUUUGCUUCGACUUGUAAUGCACCGGAAAUGAUCAAUACGGUGGCUUCUUCAUACGUGUUGGAACCUUCCAUUCGCAGUCACUUUGGACCUUUCCCUCUCCUUAAUUCACCCGCGGAGAUGAGUCGGGAAGGCGGGUUAACUCAUCAAAGGUUGAACAUUGGUCAUUCCAACGCAAACUUAACCGGGGAACAAGCUCUGACGCAAGCAAUAAAGCUGCCUGACAAUGGAGAUGCAUUUAACGAUUCAGUGACCAAAUUCCUCACUAAUUUCAAUUUGACUGAUGAAGAGAUUGAUUUUGUUCGUGAUUCGUUACCUGGAUGUGAGGAAGCUUUUUGUGAUUAUCUUCGAGGGCUUGAUUGUUCUGACAUUGAAGUGUAUGCAAUUUCGGAAGGAUCUGUUGUGUUCCCUAAAGUUCCUUUACUCAGAAUUGAAGGUCCUGUUGCUGUUGUGCAAUUGUUGGAAACUCCGUUUCUCAAUCUCAUCAAUUACGCGUCUUUGGUUGCUACUAAUGCAGCAAGACAUCGGUUUGUUGCCGGAAAAUCUAAGCUUCUGCUUGAGUUUGGUGCUCGAAGAGCUCAGGGACCCGAUGGCGCAAUAAGCGCAUCAAAAUAUUGCUACCUUGGAGCGGGAAGACUGUUUGGGAUACCCCUCCGUGGCACUCAUUCCCAUGCUUUUGUUAGCUCAUUCAUGAGCCUUGAUGAAAUUGUUGACAAAGUGCUUCGAAGUUCUGAUGGGAAAAGCACUUGUGAGGAUUUUAUUUGUUUGGUCCAAACAUGCCUAACUAAGAUUCAGAAUUCAUCUUCAUUACAAGGGAUUUUUUCCGAGACAAAUCAAAGCGAGCUUGCAGCAUUCAUUUCAUAUGCACUGGCAUUCCCGAACUCCUUUCUCGCUCUUGUAGACACUUACGAUGUGAUGAAGAGUGGAAUUCCAAACUUCUGUGCUGUUGCUCUAGCACUUAAUGAAUUGGGAUACAAAGCAGUAGGCAUUAGACUGGAUUCAGGUGACUUAGCCUAUCUGUCUACUGAGGUCAGGAAAUUCUUUUGUGCCAUAGAGAGAGACCUCAAAGUUCCCGAUUUCGGGAAGAUGAUCAUCACUGCUAGUAACGAUCUAAAUGAAGAGACAGUCGAUGCUCUAAAUAAGCAGGGUCAUGAAGUAGAUGCAUUUGGAAUUGGAACCAACUUAGUGACUUGCUAUGCACAAGCUGCGUUAGGUUGUGUUUUCAAACUGGUAGAAAUAAACAAUCAGCCUCGGAUCAAACUUUCUGAAGAUGUAACUAAGGUAUCGAUACCAUGUAAAAAGCGUACUUACAGAUUAUUCGGAAAAGAGGGUUACCCUCUUGUUGAUAUAAUGACUGGAGAGAACGAACCACCUCCAAAGGUCGGUGAAAGGUUACUUUGCCGUCAUCCAUUCAAUGAAUCGAAAAGGGCUUAUGUGGUGCCACAACGCGUUGAAGAGCUUCUGAAAUGUUAUUGGCGUGGCAAUGCAGAUGAAGCUAGGGAAGAGCUAGAGCCAUUGAAAGAGCUAAGAAACCGUUGCAUCAAACAGCUCGAAAACAUGCGACCCGAUCAUAUGAGAAGAUUAAACCCUACUCCUUAUAAGGUUAGUGUCAGCGCCAAGUUGUAUGACUUCAUCCACUUCCUCUGGCUCAAUGAAGCUCCUGUCGGUGAACUGCAUUGACAAUUUACAAAUAUGGGUUGUCUUAUUCGGUGUAUGUGUGUGUGUGUGUGUAACCAUAGUAUCAGCUUUGCCACUGAUCUCACUGUUUUCACAACAUCAUCAUCUCAAAAAAAAUUACUCACCAAUAAAUGUUUUGAAUGUUU